UAGCUGCAAAUAAUACAGGGGGCGAUCAACGCGCGUCCUGACCGAGAGACGAGGCUCCUGCGUAGGAUUUGUCCCGACGUCGCUUGCGACCAAAAGCUACAGGACAGCGAGCGGCCAGUGCGACGUAUGAUGAGCGAAGACAACCACGAUGAGGUUCACAUGACGACGCCUGAAUUGAUAACAAAACACGGAUAUAUUGCUGAGACUCAUCACGUUUGGACCGAAGAUGGAUAUAGACUGGAACUACAUAGAGUAUUGAGAAAGACUCAGGCUAGAAAUUCAAAAAAAAGUUGCACAGAACCAUGCGACGACAAGAUACCUGAAUUAUCAAAAACAGACUCCAACGAGUCGUCAAUACUAUCGGGAGCAUUAGCUUUGCAGGCCAAAGACGAGUCAAAUGUUAAAAUUAAACCACCUAUAUUAGUGAACCAUGGGUUGUUAUCGAGCUCAGCAGACUGGGUACUACUUGGACCGCAGAAAGCUCUUGCUUACGUACUAUGCGACUGCGGAUUUGACGUGUGGUUAGCAAAUGUUAGGGGAAAUACGUAUUCCCAGUGUCAUAAACAAUAUACAACGAGAGAUAGGGAGUUUUGGGAUUUCAGCUGGCAUGAAAUAGGGUAUUAUGAUUUACCAGCAAUGAUAGACUACAUACUAGAUAAAACUCAUCAAACGAGUUUACAUUAUAUUGGUUAUAGUCAAGGGACGACUACUUUUUAUGUAAUGUGCAGUGAGAGACCAGAGUAUAAUGAUAAAAUUAAAGGAAUGGUGAGCAUGGCUCCGGUUGCAUUCCUUACUAAUCAACGCAGUCCAUUGAUUAAAUUUAUCGUCAGAUUCUACAUUCUCAUGGAAUGGGGAUCAGUUUACUGUAAUAUACAUCAAUGGUUUCCAAGAAAUAGGUUACAAGCUAAAGCUUUGGGAACAUUAAUUCGAAAUACUCCUGGUGCGCUAACCAAAAGCUUUUACAGUUGUUGGUUUUAUUUAAUCGCUGGCUUUGGUAGUAAUCAGUUGGAUAAGUCUAUGUUGCCCCUUAUAUUUGGUCAUUUUCCUGGUGGUUCGUCUGCCAAACAAAUCAUACACUUCAGUCAAAUUAUUCUUUCUGAUUCAUUCCGAAAAUUUGAUUACGGCACUUCAAAAAAUUUAAAGCUUUACGGAAGUACGCAGCCUCCAAAGUACUGUUUGGAGCGGGUUAAAGUUCCUGUUGCAGUGUUUUACAGUGAAAAUGACUUCCUCACGGAUCCAGCUGAUGUCCAAAGGCUCAUUGAGAAGUUUCCCAACGUUGUUCUGAAGCAUAAAAUUGAAUAUUCAAAAUUUAAUCAUAUUGACUACCUCUGGGGCAGAGACGCGAGGACACUUCUCUACACUCAUAUCAUUGAUUUCAUAAAGAAAAUACAAAUGAGUGAAAGCUCUUCCAUGACGAAUUUUACACAUGUACAGUGAAAUUUGCGUGUAAUCUUUAAUAGAAGAAUCAUGGUCAAUUAAAUAGAGUAUUUUACGGAACUUGAAAAGACUCUAAUUUAAUUAAAUUGAAUUAAAUUAAAUUAAA